AUGGAUCACAACGACUGGCUUCCUAUUUAUUUGAAUUUGGAAAAUCAUAAAGUUCAUGUAAUGGAUCAUCAGGUUGUAGGAUUGAUGCCUGUGGAUGACAUCAUGGUUUUUAUCAGACAUUGGACAUCUUGUGGAAAAGAACUAGGAGCUAGCUUCAGUUACCGACUUAAUGUGUAUAAUAAGCGUGAAAGGUUAGAUUUCCAUGAGGAAAUAUUGAAGAGAAUCAAGAAACAAUUCAAGAACUCUAUCUCUGAACACAGAUAUGCCAAAAUUCCGACCGUCCACGAAACCACUCUAAAAGUGUCAUUGGAACUGAGUGAUAGGGAAAACUUUCCUUGGGACAUUGUGCUGCAGAUUCUUCCAUUGGAGCAAUAG